AUGCUGUUCAUUUUGCUCCGGUUAUUUUGGGUGUUUUUGGUGUUUUGGGGUGAUGGUGGAGGAGUGGUGAAUUCGAGUUGUACAGGUGAGCAAUUCAAGGUUAUCACUUUCGAAAUGAAGUUUUCUGAUUUUGAAUUUGAUCCUAAAAAUAUAAAUUCCUACCGGGGGAUCUGGAAACUACGGUCGUUUUCAUAAUUUAAUUUUCAGAAAAAAAUUUCGAAUUGCCAGAAUUUUAAACUUUUUUCCGAAAAUUAUAAAGUUCGGAUAUUUUUUGAACAUUUCAAAAUAAUCUUUACACUAUGUUUUGAUAGUUCAAAUUUAGAGUUAGAAUAACUACCACCCAAUAUUUGAAUUUCAAAUUUUUCACAUGAUGUUUUUCCAGACCAUCGAUAUGGAAAUCCAGGAAAAACUUGCAAAAGAAUCAAAGAUGAGCGAUUCCAAAUCCGAGGUGUAAAAAUUGUGCCAAUGUGGGAAUUUCUUCUACUCAAUGAGAAUCGAGUGACGAGACAUAAAAGAGGUGUGACAUAUAGCCGAAGUCGACAUUUGAAUGUGACAAGUUUGAAUUCGGAAGUUCGAAGAUCGCAUUUAGUUCGACCACCGCCUUUGCCGAUUGCUCCACCGAGAUUGAAUCAAAUUAUUUUGCCAAGAAGAUUACAUGAGAAUCAUCAGCAACAAGUUGAACCGGCGCAUAUUUAUUCAAUGCAUGUUGAAGCGGGAAGACCGAUAUUGACAGGUUCAGCUGGAAGAAUCAAUUAUCAUCCAAGAUCAAAGAAAACAAAAAGACAGGAGAGUUAUCCAACUGCACCGCCUGAAGAAGAAGAAACAACAACGGAAAAGGAUUGUAAAUCAUGUAAAAAAGAAGGAGUUGUUGAAGAAUUGAUUGAAGCACAAGGAAAGAUUCUGGAGAAAGCUUUGAAUAUCAAACCGAUUGAAAAAGAGAAAGAAAAAGAGGAUAAGAAGGAAAAUAUUGUUGAGGAGUUGAUUGAAGCACAAGGGAAGAUUAUUGAAGAAAUUAUUGAUAAGGAUAAGGAGAAAGAAAAGGAGAAGGAAAAAACAAAAGCGGAGGAAAAUCACGAAGUUGUUAUGGAAAUUCUGGAAGCUCAGGGAAAGAUUUUGGAUAAAUUGAAGGAGGAUGAAGAAAAGAAGGAGAAGGAAAAAGAGAAUAAAGAGGUUGUUGAGACGAUUCUGGAGGCACAAGGCAAGAUAUUGGAGAAUUUGAAGAAUGUGACUGAAUCGGAGAAAAAAGAGGAGAAGAAGGAUGAGAAAGUUGAAGCGGUUAAGGAGAUUUUGGAAACUCAGGGGAAAAUUAUUGAAAAUCUCGCGGAGGCCAAGAAAAGUGAAGAGGAGAAGAAGGAGAAGGAGGAGAAGAUUGAAGCGGUUGGACAGAUUUUGGAGGCGCAGGAAAAGAUUUUGGAAAAUUUGAAGAAUGUUACUGAAGCUGAGAAGAAGAAAGAGGAGGAUGAGAAAGAUGGGAAGAAGGAAGUUGUGGAAGAAAUUCUUGAGGCUCAAGAGAAGAUUUUGGAAUCAUUGAAAAGUUCGGAGAAAAAGGAAGAAGAGGAAAAAGAUGAUAAAGGAAUUGUGAAAGAAAUUAUUGAAGCACAAGAGAAAGUGUUGAAAGCGGCACUUGAAGUGACUGAUAAAUCAGAAGAGAAAAAAGAGGAAAAAGAUGAGAAAGAAGUUGUUGGUGAAAUCAUCGAGGCGCAGGAGAAGAUUCUGAAAGCUGCACUUGAAGUUUCGGAUAAAAAAGAGGAGAAGGAAACUGAUGUUGUGAAGGAGAUUGUUGAAGCGCAGGAGAUGAUUUUGAAAGCGGCGCUGGAAGUAUCUGGAACAUCUGGAGAGGGGAAAGAGCCGGAGGAGAAAGAGGAGAAGAAAGGGUCGAAGGAGGUUGUUGAAGAGAUUUUGGAAGCGCAGGAGAAGAUUUUGAAGUCGGCGUUGAAGAUCAAAACACAAUCGGGGGAAGAGACGGAAGGAGAUGAUGAGAAAGAACAUUCGGAGGAAAAAGAAGAACAUUCUGAAGAAAAAGAGGAGGAAAAAGAAAAUAAAAAAGAGGAUGAAGAGGAAGAAGAAGAGGAGGAAAAGGAAGAGAAAAAGAAGGACAAGGAAAAAACAUCAUCGUUGAAAGGUGACAAGAAAAAGGUGAUUGAUAGUAAAGAGGAUAAAGAUGGUGAUGGGCAAUUGGAUAUUAGACAAUACGCUGAUAGAAAAUCACACAAUUCAAAGAUGAAAGUUCCGGUGAUCAGAGGAAAGGUGAGUAUGGAACCAUACUAUAAAUGGUUGAAAAUUUGGGUGACAAAUAACAUUGACACAUUUUUUGAACACUAUCCAUACUCACCGCAAAUUUCCUGGGAACUAACAGAUUGGGGGGGGGGAACUAAUUUUACUGAUUCAUAAGUUUUUAAAAUUUUUAAGUUCCUCUAGCAACUCUAUCUCUCUGUUUCCUAAUCAUAAUUGUUUUCAAAAAUCGCAAAAUUUAGAAUUUCGAAAUGUCUGAAAACUUCUGAAUAUUUUCACAGAUUUUCUGAAUUUCCACAAUUCGGAUUCCGAUGUUUAUUGGAAUUUUGUAGGUUGUUAAAAAAAUCACAUAGAAAAAUUCAGGCUGUAACCAAUGGAACAACACCCGCACCUGAAGAAUCUGAAUGGAGUCCAAAUGUAAGUCCAAAAACCCCUCCAAUUUUCAUCUCCCCAACAAUUUUCAUAGAUUCGUGACAAUGAAGAGCCAGCUGAAUACGCCGACAAACCAAAUAUCAAAUAUUCAUACCCGCCAAAAGAUACACUUCCACUAACAACUUGUUUCCAUAAUCCAUCCGGAUAUGUUUGUUGUAAUUUGGAAUUGAAUAAUGUUGUCGAAUCGACUUAUAAAGAAGUUCGCGAAGAUCCAGCAUUCAAUCCGUGUAAUUUACAAGUUAUUGCUAAUAAGGUUCAGGUAAGAUUGGGAACUUCUGAACUACACAGAUUUUUUUUUUAAUUUUUGAAAUUUCCAGCGUGCCACUGAAAAAAUGUUCGACCAUCCAUUUGAAACUGUUGUAGCACAUGCUGAUUUUGCACAAAAUGUGAAUUUUGCUGGUGAUUUGGUUUGUAAAUUAGAGGUCGAUGGAAAAUACUUGAUUGCGUAUGGGACUCCUUUCAAAGCUGAUGAGGCACUUGGUCCAGAAGGUCCGAAUGGAGAACCAGUUCGACUUGCAAAUACUCGAUUCCGGUUUUAG